AUGGCUACCCUGGACCUCACUCGAGAUCUUGAAGAGGAUUUCCCUCCAGUGUCUCUGCCUACUUCCUCAUCAUCAUCUGCUACUCUCUGUUGCUCCAUCACUCUUCCUCUUGCCGCCUCAACUACGAUGGAGCUUGGCUGUCGCAGGAAGCCCAGAGAGCCUGGUGUCACCCGAUAUGAGGAGGACUUUCAGCUCUAUCAAGGAAGGCUUUCUGAGUUCACCUUGAAGGAGCUGAAAGUUGCCACCAACAAUUUUAGCAACAAAAACAUUUUGGGGAGAGGUGGAUUCGGCCAAGUCUACAAGGGGCAGUUGGCUAAUGGCUACGUUGCUGCAAUCAAAAGGGGCAGGGAAGUUUCAGAUACAAGUGUGUUGAUGUUCCACGCAGAAGUGAAAGCCGGCAACCAGCUCAACCAUCCAAAUGUUGCUCCUUUGCUCGGUUUCUGCACCUCGUCAAAGUCAAAAGACAAUUUGCUGGUCUACCCAUUUAUGGUUAAUGGGAGUGUAGCAUCUCAUUUGAAAGAUCGUAUAGGAUCCCAGCCUCCGCUUAGCUGGCAUAUGCGGAUGAAGGUGGCGCUUGGAGCCGCAAGAGGACUUCGCCAUCUGCACAGUCUAAAUAUAAUUCACCGUGACAUCAAGGCCUCCAACAUUCUGUUGGAUGAGAGGUUUGAGCCUCUCAUUGGAGACCUAGGGCUUGCUCUCUUUGCAGCAGAGAGGAGACGAGCACAAAUUGAACGUGUGGCUGAAUCUGAAAGGGGAGCUGCCGACCUUGCCCUCUGCAAUGGCAGAACCAACAAGGCAGAGUGCCAGCUUGAGGACCUUACUGUUCAUACUUCUGUACGCGGCACGAUUGGAUAUAUUGCUCCCGAGUACAUCUCGAGGGGCCAAUGCACAAAGAAGAGCGAUAUCUUUAGUUUCGGGAUUAUGCUUCUUGAACUUCUCGGAGGCCGACGUGUCUAUGAACUUUGUCGGCUCGCAAUUGAGGAAGGUGCAGAGUUGGUUGACUGGGUGAUAGGACUCCUCAAAAACAAUGAAUUAGAGAGGUUGAUCGAUAAGGAUAUCCGAGGUGAUUACAAUGAGGGAGAGGUCCGGCAGCUAACCAAGAUAGCUCUUUUGUGCACGGAGCAUGAACCCAAGGAACGACCAAGCGCAGGGGAACUAGUCCAACUUAUCAAAGGUGAUGGAUGGCAUGAAAGAUGGGAGAAUCAAGUGGAUUAUAUUGUGUUAAAGGAAGAACUGUCUAUGAGGCCAACAUGCGAUUGGAUCGUCAUUGACUCUGUUUCUCGUCUCCGUCCAGAGGAAUUGUCGGGUCCCAGAUAA